AUGAGUGCCGAACCUACGAGCCGUCUGUCUAAGCGCGAGUCGUCGACCACGCUUCGUCGAGACACAUUAGCAACCUCUGGCCGUAAACGUUCUGGGUCUAAUGCUUCGACUACUUCCAAGGCCUCGUUGAUGUUUGCUAGUCCCGCAAAGGGUUUUGGACUGGUACGGAAAGCAAGCACCGCAACUCUUUCGGUCGCACCUGUGUCCGUAACUGGAGGCCUAGACCACUCUCUUAAUCCCUCGUCUAAAAAGGCAACUUUAGACGCUGACAAAGGUAAAUCCACUGUCAAAGCCCGGCCCAUCCGCCAGUCGACUCGGGCCGAAGAAUCAUUGCGAGGUGUUCAGGCCCGCGCUCCUAUUCCAGCCUCAGAACCCGAGCUAGCUCCGUUAUCGGAAUCCCCCAAGAACGUCCCAACCCCGUUGCCCGAUGACUCGGCACCCGUCUCGGUCUCAGCAUCUCCUACAUCGUCCACGAGGACUCCAAGACCUAAGUCUCGAACAUCAAUGAUUCCUGUGUUUGUUGGAUCUCCCGAGCGUACCAGGACUACUUCAAGUAAUUUAUCCAACACAGCUUCUGCCAAACCCAUGCCCAGUCCCCCGCGUUCCGCAUCACCUAGACAGGUCUCACGCAGUGCCACAAUCUCCGUACCCACUAAAGCUUCUGCCAAUCGUGCCCAACCUCCUUCAACUUCAUCCAGGCAAGCUGCCUCCAAAUUCCGCGCGCCUACUAUGUCCCCCAGCUCUAGUCUCACUCGCAAAGCGUCAACCAGUUCCAUCCGUAGUGCAUCGAAUGGAUUCAAACCGACUUUAUCUUCACCUCUCGCAGCUGGAUCUAGGCCGGCUCCUCCUGCACCACCCAAGUUAGACACCGGUUCCGUUUCGGCCAAGAUUGCUGCCACCGACCCUUCACAGCCCUCACCUUCUAGCACGUCUUGGCUUUCUUCAAUCUCAGGAAUUAAGGGUAACAAAGCAUCCACCAUACAACCUAUCCCGGAUAUUGUAUCGUCUCCCAUUGAGGUGAGCUCGUCACUAGUUGACAACAAGGCAUCCAACUCUGGGACUAUGCCCACAUCUGCUACCUCCAAGCCAGAGGAUCAAUCUCCUGUUUCACCUACCGAUACCGAUAAUGAAGGACUUGUUCUAGUCACUGCGCCAACCUCUCCUAUCGCCACAACUAACACCCACACAUACCAAAUCAACAGUUUGGCUGCUCAACAUGCUUCGAGUUGGACAAAUACACCGGCCAGUUGGCUGGCCUGGAUUUCUUCCGCCCCCGGAUUAUCGACUAGCCCACAGUCUACUUCGCCAAUUGCUCAAGGAAGUGAAGUUAUGGAUAUAGGCUCCGACGAAGACGAGGUUUUAACGGAGGAUAAUGGUCGGACUCCGGUUAUGACCCCUGGCAUGUACGAUGGACAAAGAAUGUGGGGCUGGGGUGGAAAGGUUCACAUGAGUGAAGAGAGUAGGAUGAGCGUAGAAACACAAAGGCAGAUUGGGACCGAUGACAAGGGUAAACGACCGGCCAUGGGUGGCCACGCGCCCAGCGUUGAUAGCGUAGUUCCUGCUUUGCCUGCUAAUGACGGAGAUGUUAAUGAACAUUCCACGAGAGAACUAUCGCUCUACGCGGGAUUCAUUCGGGAAGAACAUCUGAGAUAUCUAGCAGAACGGGGACAUCUGUCGGAUAUUAUGCCCAAUAAGGUUAUACCUCGAUACAAGUUGGCGACCCUGCAAAGCUCCAUAUGCCUACGUCUUAACUCAGCGGCUCUGCGAUACGCGCUCCAAUUGCCAUUACUGGGUCGAUCCAAGCAAAGCCCGGUUGAUUAUCAUGGUGGGUCUGGCCAGGCUGAGAAUAGGCCCAGUAGCUCUCAGGCUACCGGACUCUCACCGCCAUCGAACGGGGACGUUGGCGUAAACCGAUCAAAGCCAGGAGCAAUAAUAACACGUUACUCGGAUGACCAUGACUUUGUAAUUAUUGAAGUCGAAGUCGACGGUUGGAUUCUCAUUGACACCGAGGGUACUUCGCCUGUCACCCCAUAUUCCAGGCAGACUCCAUCUACAACGGCUCGACUAGGGGCCGCCGGCAGUUCAUUGUGGAACUACUACACUGGCCGAGGAGCGGAAGACCCCGCAGCGCCUAAUAGGGUCGAAAGCUCAGGACCGGCGGCUGAGGUGGUAGAUGGUCUCAGUUCCCAUCCUCCAGCAACUGAGGCGGGCCACGGCACCGCGUCAAUUAACUCGUCUAUGUUCCCCAAUGUCCUGCGAUCUUUUGGGCGAGGCAAAGAUUCCAAAGUCAUGUCUGAUACUCCUAGGAAUGCAUCUAGCCACGAAGGAACACAAGAAAACACACGACGCCCAAAAACUCAAGCUGAGCUCGUCAAGGAAGAAGCACUUGCCCGGCAAGGCCCCUCUGUCAUCCCGGCGCUUCCAGGUCCAGUCCUCAACACUGCCACCAAAUCAUCUUGGGUUUCGUACUUUUCUAGCGCCGCAAGUCGGUCGGCUCCCACAAUGUCCGAUGGCCGGGCCAUCGAUCAGCGCGCGGAAAAUGCCAACGACAUGGAAGUCAUGAACAUUGACGAGAACGAAUUAGCUGGGGCUGUGGAAGUCGAGACGUCCAAUCCCAGUACAACGCCCAUCGCCCGAGCCCGAAAGACAACCGCGGUCGCAACUAGCAAACCUGCCUCUCCUCUGACUGAUUCACCAUCUGUCAAGCACAAGGCAUCUAUUAUCUCCCAGGGGAAGAAGUCCUCGGCAUCCAGUGCUCGCUCCGCAAAGGAAACCUUCCCGAACCUGCUCCUGCCGACGUUUGGCGAUACCUUUUACACGGUACCGCGAUGCGUUCCACCCCGCACUUCAGCUCCACUCCCCGGUACAUCCGGCCCUACCCCUAUGGGAUCUUGGGGAUUGAAGCGCAAAGUGAAGAAUAUAUCAACAAUGCUAUUCAAUACCAAUCCCUCGGACAGAGCUAUCGUCCCAAAUGUGGUCAAUGCUGAAAUGGAGGAAUACCAACGUCAAGUGAUGGAGAGGUACAGACUCACGAAUCGAGCGAAUUUCGCCGUCGUCGAGCCGGCAGUAGUCCGAACGAGGCACCCACGUCCCGGUAACACUCGGUCUCAUUCCGUCUUUGGUUCACUCCCGACAGAUGAUUUUGGAAACGAACUUCCUCGUGUGUUUAGCGUGCUAGGUCAAGACAAUGCUCUUGGCGAUAUGGUUGGUCCCAUACGGGCAGCCGUGAUCGGUGUUCACGGAUGGUUUCCUGGCCCACUUGUGCGCUCUGUAUUUGGCGAACCAACCGGAACCUCGGUCAAGUUUGCAACUAUGGGGGUGGAAGCGCUUCGGCAAUUCGCGGAGAAGCAUGAUCUCGAGCUAGAGAGCGCUACACCAAUGCCAUUGGAAGGUGAAGGAACAAUUCAACACAGGGUGGCCAAGCUAUAUGACGACCUACUUAAGCAUCCCCAGUGGCUGGCAGACCUACAUAGAGCGGACGUAGUGCUCGUCGCCACACAUUCGCAAGGCUCUAUCGUAUCUACUCAUCUGAUUGCCAAGCUGAUAUCGGAUGGGCAUAUUCGCACUAGGACCAAUCGUGAGGCCGUAAACCGUGCGACUGAACAAACCGGCGUCCUACCUCCAGUAGCGCCUCAUCGUGUUUGCUGCCUGGCAAUGUGUGGUAUCCAUAUGGGGCCUUUGUAUUCCUUGAAUUCCUCCGCUUUUGCCCAGCCGUAUUUGCAGUGGUUCGAAUCACAGGCCGCACGGGAGCUUUUCGAAUUCCAGAAUACUGAAAGCGAGGUUUCCCGAAACUACGUGGCAGCGCUAUCGACUGCUCUUGAUCAUGGGACCAAGUUUGUUUACAUUGCCUCGCUAAAUGACCAGGUUGUUCCGAUUUACUCCGGUGCAUUCGUAGCCGCAUCUCAUCCUCUCAUUUUGCGUGGGCUCUUCCUUGACGGGGAUGCGUACAGUUCAUCCGACUUUUUAAGUAAUCUUCUUGUAUUGUUGUUACGUGUGAAGAAUGCUGGCCUUGACGAACAUGGAUUGAUCGUGCACCUGUCCGAGGCGACAGCCGGAUCCUUGAGCGGUAUUGGUCAUUCGACCGCAUACGAGGACAUUGGGCCGUACACUCUUGCCGUGCGAUACAUGUUUGAGACUUCUGAUUUAGCCCCGGACAACAACAACAAGCUUUCGGUGGACGCAUUUCAAGCUCGUGCGGGUCGUAACGAUUAUGAGAUACCGUGGCUGCUGCACUCUGUUAUUUCCGAUACACGAAUUAGCCGGAUAUUUGCUGCCGAACUCGCAGAGCUGCGUGACUCGUUUGCAGAAUGGAAACCCACGACCGCUGUCUUGCGCGACAUUCAGCGUAAACUCGCACCCAUUCGAAUGAGCCCACUCCGGCAUUCGAUGGUGUCGGCUGCUAGUGCUACCCAGGAGCCUGCGAAGCUCUAG